AUGGUGGCUCCACCUCACAACCUGAAGGAAAUUAAAGGAUUGGCGACUAAUGUUUUGGUGCUAAAUACCACAGGACACCUUUGGAGAUCUGGAGGAGUUCAUGCCUCGACAGGGAAACUCAGGAUUACCGAAUGCAGGUCUUCUCCAAUGUGUUCACUCUACUUCAGGAUUUUUUGCUGUCUCUCCGUCUUUGUAACCCUCACAGAAGGCGAAGCAAGGCUGAAAAUUGAAGUUGUUCAACCAAGGUUGUAUGCAGUCCAGGGAGGAUCCAUUCUUUUAUCUGUGAACUACAGUCUCCCCAGCAACUCUGAGCUUCUGGACAUAACUUGGCAACACAGAAGAGACUAUAAGUCUAGAAGAAUUUAUUAUUUUCCCAGCACCUCACCCUUCUUGGAAAGUUACACAUGGAGAGCACAGGACUUUGAAAAUGGUUCAAUACAGCUCAACAAGUUGAACUUUUCUGAUAGUGGAGAGUACAUUAUUACUGUUGCAGCACAGAAUGGGCGGGAGAAAGAAGAAAUGAUUGAGCUGAUUGUGGAAGAUGCUGUCAAUAUAUAUGAUGCCUGGCAAUCACCACCAUGUGCAAUUCUUGGAAGUAAUGCAUCACUCAUCUGCAUUGCCUUCUCAGCAAAAAAUACAGAGAUGGAAUGGGUAGAUGGAAAGCUAGAAGCACUUCACUCUAAUCUUAGCAUUUCUUCAGAGUCUCUAAAACUACAGGCAUGGAUUGUGGCAACAAAUGACUGCCAACAGUAUACAUGUGUUGUCAAAAACCAUGUGAGUUCACAGAAGAAAACCAUGAAACUGAACGUGUCUAAAGCAUACACAACAGAUUGCAAAAUUAAUGAAGACGUGCCUGAAUUUCCAUCUUUUCGUUCAGCAAGAUUCUUUAUAUUAGUAGGAUCUUUGGUAUGUGUGAUCAAUGGUGUAAUAGUCUACGUAUGCUGGCACAAGAAAAUGAAGAGAAGUGAUGAAUCAAUGAACAGCUGUAAUCAAAAAAAACGUGAGAAUCCUGAUGGAGUUGAUGCAGAGCAUUUAAGUAUGUCUACUCAAUCACCAGCAGCGAGCCGGUCUGAAAAGCAAGGUGAAGAAGUGCUAUGAAGAACAGGAGUGAUAUACACAGCACGAAGGAAAAGGCUCUAAACAGAUGGCCACCCAAUGAAGAAAACAAUCAGGGCCCACCACUCUGGGGUGGUAACACCUACUCACUGCACCAGGGCAUUAUCCAUUCAUAUAUCCAAUUCCAUCAAGGAUUUUUACGUGUCAAAUGUAUCAUCUCCAAUUGCAUGGCUUUAUGUUAAUAUUUGUUGAAAUAAUCUGUAUCUUUCAAAAAAUCAAUGCCUAGAACAGCUCAUGCUUAAUUCCUUAGAAAGAUCACUCACAGAACUGGUUUGAUUGGUUUUGCGUUACCAGAACAAGAAACAAACUAGAUUCUAGAUAAAAGAAGAGGACAUAUUGUACACAAAACGGUAGAAUAUUAGGUCAUAUCAUUUCCUGUCUGGACAAAGUGAAAUGAAUAGCAUUUUAUUCAUCCAUGUUGCUCUUUUUCAUGUUAAAGAACUUCAUUGUUUAGAUAAUUUUGCAAAGCUUUGUUCUCAUGUCAUAAACCUCCUGAAAUAAAUAUUCCAGUGAUUCUUAUGAAAAAUA